ACAACAAACACAGUUCCUUCAACAACAACAUCAGCAGCUCCCACAACAACAAAUGCAGCAACAACAGUCACAGUAGCUGACACCACAACUACUGCCUCAACAACUACAGCUGCUGAAACAACGACUGCUGCUCCCACAACAACCACUGCUGCACCAACAACUACAACUCAAGCUGGAACAACACCCACAGCUGAUCCCACAACAACAAAUGCUGCAACAACCGUCACAGUAGCUGACACCACAACAACUGCCACAACAACUACAGCUGCUGAAACCACAAUGACUGCGGCUCCCUCAACCUCCACAACUGAAGCUGUAACAACAACGACUGCUGCUCCCACAACAACCACAGCUGACACACAAACAACCACAGUGGCUACAACAACAACGACAUCACCGGAAACAACAACAACUGCUCAGACAACAACCACAACUGCGCAAACAACAAAUACGGUUCCUUCAACAACAACAUCAGCAGCUCCCACAACAACAAAUGCAGCAACAACAGUCACAGUAGCUGACACCACAACAACUGCCUCAACAACAACUGCUGCUGAAACAACAACGACUGCUGCUCCCACAACAACCACUGCUGCACCAACAACUACAACUGAAGCUGGAACAACAACCACAGCUGAUCCCACAACAACAAAUGCUGCAACAACGGUCACAGUAGCUGACACUACAACUAUUGCCUCAACAGCUACAGCUCCUGAAACCACAACGACUACUGCUCCCUCAACAUCCAUAACUGAAGCUGUAACAACAACGACUGCUGCUAUCACAACAACCACAGCUGACACACAAACAACAACAGUGGCUACAACAACAAUGACAUCACCGGAUACAACAACUGCUCAGACAACCACAACUGCGCAAACAACAAACACGGUUCCUUCAACAACAUCAGCAGCUCCCACAACAACAAAUGCAGCAACAACAGUCACAGUAGCUGACACCACAACUACUGCCUCAACAACUACAGCUGCUGAAACAACAACGACUGCUGCUCCCACAACAACCACUGCUGCACCAACAACUACAACUCGAACUGGAACAACACCCACAGCUGAUCCAACAACAACAAAUGCUGCAACCACCGUAACAGUAGCCGACACCACAACAACUGCCACAACAACUACAGCUCCUGAAACCACAACGACUGCUGCUCCCUCAACAUCCACAACUGAAGCUCUAACAACAACCACAGCUUAUCCCACAACAAACACAAUUUCUGUAACAACCAGCACAGCACCCCCCACAACAACCAUAGCUGACACACAAACAACCACAGUGGCUACAACAACAACGACAUCACCGGAUACAACAACAACUGCUCAGACAACAACCACAACUGCGCAAACAACAAACACGGUUCCUUCAACAACAUCAGCAGCUCCCACAACAACAAAUGCAGCAAUAACAGUCACAGUAGCUGACACCACAACUACUGUCUCAACAACUACAGUUGCUGAAACAACAACGACUGCUGCUCCCACAACAACCACUGCUGCACCAACAACUACAACUCAAGCUGGAACAACACCCACAGCUGAUCCCACAACAACAAAUGCUGCAACAACUGUCACAGUAGCUGACAUCACAACAAUUGCCACAACAACUACAGCUCCUGAAACCACAACGACUACUGCUCUCUCAACAUCCACAACUGAAGCUGUAUCAACAACGACUGCUGCUCCCACAACAACCACUGCUGCACCAACAACUACAACUCAAGCUGGAACAACACCCACAGCUGAUCCCACAACAACAAAUGCUGCAACAACUGUCACAGUAGCUGACAUCACAACAAUUGCCACAACAACUACAGCUCCUGAAACCACAACGACUACUGCUCUCUCAACAUCCACAACUGAAGCUGUAUCAACAACGACUGCUGCUCCCACAACAACCACAGCUGAUACAAAAACAACAACAGUGGCUACAACAACAACGACAUCACCGGAUACAACAACAACUGCUCAGACAACAACCACAACUGCGCAAACAACAAACACGGUUCCUUCAACAACAACAUCAGGAGCUCCCACAACAACAAAUGCAGCAACAACAGUCACAGUAGCUGACACCACAACUACUGCCUCAACAACUACAGCUGCUGAAACAACAACCACUGCUGCACCAACAACUACAACUGAAGCUAAAACAACACCCACAGCUGAUCCCACAACAACAAAUGCUGCAACCACCGUAACAGUAGCCGACACCACAACAACUGCCACAACAACUACAGCUCCUGAAACCACAACGACUGCUGCUACCUUAACAUCCACAACUGAAGCUCUAACAACAACCACAGCUUAUCCCACAACAAACACAAUUUCUGUAACAACCAGCACAGCACCCCCCACAACAACCAUAGCUGACACACAAACAACCACAGUGGCUACAACAACAACGACAUCACCGGAUACAACAACAACUGCUCAGAUAACAACCACAACUGCGCAAACAACAAACACGGUUCCUUCAACAACAUCAGCAGCUCCCACAACAACAAAUGCAGCAAUAACAGUCACAGUAGCUGACACCACAACUACUGUCUCAACAACUACAGUUGCUGAAACAACAACGACUGCUGCUCCCACAACAACCACUGCUGCACCAACAACUACAACUCAAGCUGGAACAACACCCACAGCUGAUCCCACAACAACAAAUGCUGCAACAACUGUCACAGUAGCUGACAUCACAACAAUUGCCACAACAACUACAGCUCCUGAAACCACAACGACUACUGCUCUCUCAACAUCCACAACUGAAGCUGUAUCAACAACGACUGCUGCUCCCACAACAACCACUGCUGCACCAACAACUACAACUCAAGCUGGAACAACACCCACAGCUGAUCCCACAACAACAAAUGCUGCAACAACUGUCACAGUAGCUGACAUCACAACAAUUGCCACAACAACUACAGCUCCUGAAACCACAACGACUACUGCUCUCUCAACAUCCACAACUGAAGCUGUAUCAACAACGACUGCUGCUCCCACAACAACCACAGCUGAUACAAAAACAACAACAGUGGCUACAACAACAACGACAUCACCGGAUACAACAACAACUGCUCAGACAACAACCACAACUGCGCAAACAACAAACACGGUUCCUUCAACAACAACAUCAGGAGCUCCCACAACAACAAAUGCAGCAACAACAGUCACAGUAGCUGACACCACAACUACUGCCUCAACAACUACAGCUGCUGAAACAACAACGACUGCUGCUCCCACAACAACCACUGCUGCACCAACAACUACAACUGAAGCUAAAACAACACCCACAGCUGAUCCCACAACAACAAAUGCUGCAACCACCGUCACAGUAGCCGACACCACAACAACUGCCACAACAACUACAGCUCCUGAAACCACAACGACUGCUGCUCCCUCAACAUCCACAACUGAAGCUCUAACAACAACCACAGCUUAUCCCACAACAAACACAAUUUCUGUAACAACCAGCACAGCACCCCCCACAACAACCACAGCUGACACACAAACAAACACAGUGGCUACAACAACAACGACAUCACCGGAUACAACAACAACUGCUCAGACAACAACCACAACUGCGCAAACAACAAACACGGUUCCUUCAACAAAAUCAGCAGCUCCCACAACAACAAAUGCAGCAAUAACAGUCACAGUAGCUGACACCACAACUACUGCCUCAACAACUACAGCUGCAGAAACAACAACGACUGCUGCUCCCACAACAACCACUGCUGCACCAACAACUACAACUCAAGCUGGAACAACACCCACAGCUGAUCCCACAACAACAAAUGCUGCAACCACCGUCACAGUAGCCGACACCACAACAACUGCAGCAACAACUACAGCUGCUGAAACCACAACGACUGCUGCUGCCUCAACAUCCACAACUGAAGCUCUAACAACAACCACAGCUUAUCCCACAACAAACACAAUUUCUGUAACAACCAGCACAGCACCCCCCACAACAACCACAGCUGAUACACAAACAACCACAGUGGCUACAACAACAACGACAUCACCGGAUACAACAACAACUGCUCAGACAACAACCACAACUGCGCAAACAACAAACACGGUUCCAUCAACAACAUCAGCAGCUCCCACAACAACAAAUGCAGCAAUAACAGUCACAGUAGCUGACACCACAACUACUGCCUCAACAACUACAGCUGCUGAAACAACAACGACUGCUGCUCCCACAACAACCACUGCUGCACCAACAACUACAACUCAAGCUGGAACAACACCCACAGCUGAUCCCACAACAACAAAUGCUGCAACAACCGUCACAGUAGCUGACAUCACAACAAUUGCCACAACAACUACAGCUCCUGAAACCACAAUGACUACUGCUCUCUCAACAUCCACAACUGAAGCUGUAUCAACAACGACUGCUGCUCCCACAACAACCACAGCUGACACACAAACAACAAUAGUGGCUACAACAACAACGACAUCACCGGAUACAACAACAACUGCUCAGACAACAACCACAACUGCGCAAACAACAAACACGGUUCCUUCAACAACAACAUCAGCAGCUCCCACAACAACAAAUGCAGCAACAACAGUCACAGUAGCUGACACCACAACUACUGCCUUAACAACUACAGCUGCUCCCACAACAACCACUGCUGCACCAACAACUACAACUGAAGCUAAAACAACACCCACAGCUGAUCCCACAACAACAAAUGCUGCAACCACCGUCACAGUAGCCGACACCACAACAACUGCAGCAACAACUACAGCUCCUGAAACCACAACGACUGCUGCUCCCUCAACAUCCACAACUGAAGCUCUAACAACAACCACAGCUUAUCCCACAACAAACACAAUUUCUGUAACAACCAGCACAGCACCCCCCACAACAACCACAGCUGACACACAAACAACCACUGUGGCUACAACAACAACGACAUCACCGGAUACAACAACAACUGCUCAGACAACAACCACAACUGCGCAAACAACAAACACGGUUCCUUCAACAACAACAUCAGCAGCUCCCACAACAACAAAUGCAGCAACAACAGUCACAGUAGCUGACACCACAACUACUGCCUCAACAACUACAGCUGCUGAAACAACAACGACUGCUGCUCCCACAACAACCACUGCUGCACCAACAACUACAACUCAAGCUGGAACAACACCCGCAGCAGAUCCCAAAACAACAAAUGACAUCACAACAAUUGCCACAACAACUACAGCUCCUGAAACCACAACGACUACUGCUCCCUCAACAUCCACAACUGAAGCUGUAACAACAACGACUGCUGCUCCCACAACUACAACUGAAGCUGUAACAACAACCACAUCUGUUACCACAACAAACACAGCUUCUGUAACAAGCACAGCACCUGCCACAACAACCACAGCAGCCACACAAACAACCACAGUGGCUUCAACAACCACAUCACCGGAUACAACACCAACUGCUCAGACAACAACCACAACUACUGCCUCAACAAAUAUGGCUGCUGAAACAACAACAACUGCUGCUCCCACAGCAACCACUGCUGCACCAACAACCACAAGUGAAGCUGUAACAACAACCACAUCUGUUCCCACAACAAACACAGUUUAUCUAAAAACAACAACAGCAGCUCUUACAACAACAAAUGCUGCAACAACAGUCACAUUAGCUGACACCACUAAUACUGCCUCAACAACUACAGCUGCUGAAGCAAUGACUGCUGCUCCCACAACAUCCACUGCUUCACCAACAACCACAACUGAAGCUGGAACAACAAGGACAUCUGUUCCCAUAACAAACACUGUUUAUCUAACAACAAGGAUAGCACUUCCCACAACAACCACAGCUGCCACACAAUCAACCAUAUUGUCUCCCACAACAUCCCCAGCUGCCUCCGCAACAGCCACAUCUGCAUCCCCAGCUGCCUCCACAACCACAACAAAUACAACUGCUUACAAAACAAGUGCAGUGUCUCCACCAACAACCACAACUGCUGCCAAAACAACCACAGUUGCUAGCACUAACACCACAGUGACUUCUACCACAAGAGCAGCUCUGCCUACAACAUCGGCUCCAACAACAACUACAGCGUCUCCCACAACAAUCACAUCUGAUACCACAUUAACCACCGCGUCUCCCACAUCAACGACAGCUGCUUCCACAAAAAACACUGCUGCCAUCAUAACCAUGACUUCUCCGACAACAACAAUUACAGCUAUUGCAUCUACAAUAACAUCUGCUUCCAUGACAACCAACGUGGUCACAACAACAUCUAAAGAUCCUAUCACCACAAACACAGCGUCUCCCACUACAACUAAAACAACAGUAAAAAUGACAACAGCUGCUACAUUUACCACAUCAACCACAGCUGCGGCCACAACCACCAAAUCUGCUCCCACAUCAUCUACAAUUUUACCAACAACAAUGUCUUCCAAACCAAACACAGCCAUUACAACUACAGACUCAACAGCAAAACCUACAGCAACUGAGGGGACAAUAGAAUUAGGAUUCAGAAUGAUACGGCCAUUUUCAAGUGACUACUCAGACUCUUCAACAACAGCAUAUCAGGAACUGGCAGCAAAUGUCACCACAGAGGUGAAUCGUGGUUACAAAUUAUUAUAUCCUUUAACAUACCUAAGAUGUAGGAUACUUCAAUUCACGAGUGGAUCAGUUAUUGUCAAUAUGACCCUUAUUUUCACAAACCAAUCAGUGGUUCCCAAUGCAACACGUGUAGAGGACGGAUUGGCUUUGUCUCUGGCUGAGGGACACACCUUCCUAAAUAUUGAUACAAACUCCAUUAGUGCCAGCAUGCCAACCACUACUACCACAGCCCCAACUACAGCAGCUCCAGUUGCAGCAGCAACAACCUUGACAAUCAACACCGGGAUUGCAGUUUGCCUACCAUUACUCAUCACCAUGCUAACCAGACUUUUCCAUGUCAAUUAAAAACCAAAACAAACAGUAUUAAUGUGCCAAGAAAAGGAUAAGGACAUAGAGAGGCAAACAAAUAUUUAAGUUUAAUUUCAAAUGUAAUAAUGAUGAAUCAGCAGAAGCAGUAAAUAAUUACACAAAAUGUACAUACAAAUGUUAUUAUGGCCGAAAACCCAGUAAUAAUGGUAUCAUUGUAAGAAAGAGUAAGAACAAGUUGUCUUUUUGGGAAAGCUAAUGAGACAUAUUACAGAAUGCACUAAAACACUUUGAUUUAAAAAAAGAAUGUGCUGUAUAUACAC